ACGCGAGGCGGAGCGGGGCCCCACACAGGCCGCGGCGGCUGGCUCCGGCCCCUACGGUCCCGGCGGCGGCUGGAGGAGGAAGCCAGGCGGCGGAGAAGGGGAGACGGUGGAGGCCGAGGCUGGGGCCCCGCUCGCCGCAAACUCACUUCCCCGGCUCAGCAGGGAAAGGUUCCUAGGAGGUGAGUGCGGACGGUAUGCAAAGUUGUGAAUCCAGUGGCGACAGUGCGGAUGACCCUCUCAGUCGUGGCCUGCGGAGAAGGGGACAGCCUCGUGUGGUGGUGAUCGGUGCUGGCUUGGCUGGCCUGGCUGCGGCCAAAGCACUUCUGGAGCAGGGCUUUACGGAUGUCACUGUGCUUGAGGCUUCCAGCCGCAUUGGAGGCCGUGUACAGAGCGUGAAACUUGGACACGCCACCUUUGAGCUAGGAGCCACGUGGAUCCAUGGCUCCCACGGGAACCCCAUCUACCAUCUAGCAGAAGCCAAUGGCCUCCUGGAAGAGACAACUGAUGGGGAGCGCAGUGUGGGCCGCAUCAGCCUCUACUCCAAGAAUGGCGUGGCCUGCUACCUCACCAACCGUGGCUGCAGGGUCCCCAAGGACGUGGUUGAGGAAUUCAGUGAUUUAUACAACGAGGUCUAUAACUUGACCCAGGAGUUCUUCCGGCAUGGUAAACCAGUCAAUGCUGAGAGUCAGAACAGCGUGGGGGUGUUCACCCGAGAGGAGGUGCGCAACCGUAUCAGGAAUGACCCUGAUGACCCGGAGGCCACCAAACGCCUGAAGCUCGCCAUGAUCCAGCAGUACCUGAAGGUGGAGAGCUGUGAGAGUAGCUCACACAGCAUGGAUGAGGUAUCCCUGAGCGCCUUUGGGGAGUGGACUGAGAUUCCUGGUGCCCACCACAUCAUCCCCUCAGGCUUCAUGCAGGUUGUGGAGUUGCUGGCUGAAGGCAUCCCGGCCCACGUCAUCCAGCUGGGGAAACCUGUCCGUUGUAUUCACUGGGACCAGGCCUCAGGCUGCCCCCGGGGCCCUGAGAUUGAGCCCCAGGGGGAGAGUGACCAUAAUCAUGACGCUGGGGAGGGCAGCCAGGGUGGAGAGGAGCCCCGGGGGGACAGGCAGGAUGAGGAUGAGCAGUGGCCGGUGGUGGUGGAGUGCGAGGACUGCGAGGUGAUCCCGGCGGACCACGUGAUCGUGACCGUGUCCCUGGGCGUGCUCAAGAGGCAGUACACCAGCUUCUUCCGGCCAAGCCUGCCCGCCGAGAAGGUGGCUGCCAUCCAUCGCCUGGGCAUCGGCACCACCGACAAGAUCUUUCUAGAAUUUGAGGAGCCCUUCUGGGGCCCGGAGUGCAAUAGCCUACAGUUUGUGUGGGAGGAUGAGGCAGAGAGCCGCACCCUCACCUACCCACCUGAGCUCUGGUACCGCAAGAUCUGCGGCUUUGAUGUCCUCUACCCGCCUGAGCGCUAUGGCCACGUGCUGAGUGGCUGGAUCUGCGGGGAGGAGGCCCUCCUCAUGGAGAAGUGCGACGACGAGGCAGUGGCGGAGAUCUGUACGGAGAUGCUGCGGCAGUUCACAGGGAACCCCAACAUUCCCAAACCUCGGCGAAUCCUGCGCUCUGCCUGGGGCAGCAACCCCUACUUCCGGGGCUCCUAUUCGUAUACACAGGUGGGCUCGAGUGGGGCAGACGUGGAGAAGCUGGCCAAGCCCCUGCCGUACACGGAGAGCUCCAAGACAGCGCAAGGAAGCUCCUCAGAGCAGCUGCCUGGUCACCUUUUAUCUUCCAAGUGCCCAGAACAGUCCCUGGAACCUAAUAGGGGCUCCAUAAAGCCCAUGCAGGUGCUGUUCUCAGGUGAGGCCACCCACCGCAAGUACUAUUCCACCACCCAUGGUGCUCUGCUCUCUGGCCAGCGAGAGGCUGCUCGUCUCAUUGAGAUGUACCGAGACCUCUUCCAGCAGGGGACCUGAGGGCUUCCUAGCUGCCGAGCGUGUUCCUUAAAGAACCACUAACUCGUGACUGCCAGCCCUGCCCCUUGCUGCUGUGUAUUCCUCACUCCUUAAUCCUCUGUAGAGUGGAUUUGUAUCUUUUGUAGAGCUAGACACCGGACUGGCCUCAGACCUGGCCCUGUAGCUUUUCCUUUUCCCCUUGCCGGGUGGUGACCAGGAUGGGGUCUGUUGAUUUACCUCUGUGCUCUGACCUCCGAUCUCCUCACGCCUCCCCUCCUCUCCCGCCUUGUUAUUGUAAGUGCCUUCAAGUCUUUGCAUUUUGGGGUAAUAAAAGAGGCUUGCCCUUCCUGUGCUCCUCAACUUCUCCCGUUUUUUUCUCAGCCAUGUAUGUGUGUGUGUGUGUGGAUGAUGUGGGGAGCUGUGGUCUGGCUGUACCCUCAGAAGGGAAGGUGCCUACCUUUGCUGGAAGGGGCAUCCCCUCACCCCAACCUGUGUGUGGUCAUUUCCCUUCCUGCUGGUGAGAUUCCUCAGGGGUAAGGGCUCCUCACUGCCCAGCCCCAGCUCCUUCAGGACAGGCCUGGGUCUGCCCAUUGGCCCUUUGCUGGACUUCUCAGAGCCUGAUUGAGUGACACGGCCACAUGGAGUGAAGAUGUGUCUGGGUCACCAAUAGGUACUUCUGGAGAAAACCACAGAGCCACACCUGCUGGGCAGAACACGGCAGAGCAAAGCGAACAACACAGAGCCACACCACCUACAGGGUCUUCUGUGUCCAAAGCACAACUCCGACUGCUCCUUCCCAAAUCAAAUCUCGACUGAGCCACCAUCUGGCUCAGGGCAAACACCUGAGACAUCAUCGACUCUUCUUUUUCUGUCACACUUCACAUCGGAUCAUCAGAUCUGCCAUUGGCAAAUCCUCUCAGGUCUCCCUACAAGACACAUCCUGAACCUGAUCACGUCUUACCUCCUCCCCUGUACCUCUUCUCUCUGCCCUGGACAGCUGCAGUGGCCUCCUGUGUGGUGUCCCUUCUUCGACGCUUGGCCCUUUUAGCCUGUUCCCCCCACAGUAGCCAGUGUGAUACUUUUAACAGUAGGAAUCCGGUCUUGCGCCCCCCUGCUUUCCAGUGACUCUCAUUGCAGUGAGCAUAAAAGGUGAUUUCCAGCG